AAUUUACAAAGGCCAAUUUAUGUCCACUUAAAAAUCCAACACAUAUACCCCAUUUAGCCAUUUCAAUCCUUUCUUACUUUACCCCAUUCAACCAUCACACAACCCAUUUUCAGAGCAUAUUCUCAUUCCUCCCACCAUUAAUGGAACCUGAAACUGUCCUAAAUCUCUUUGAUUUUUACUGGUUUGACCAUGAUCUAUUCAACAAAAAACACCCCAUGAACAAUAAAUUCCCAGAAAUGUCAAAAUCAAACCCAGAAAUCCCAUCUCUACCAAUAAUUCAUACCAAAACCAUAAUAAUUAACCCAAAUUCACCUCAAAAACUAGUAACUGAAUCCUCUGUAUCUCCAAAUUCUGUUCUUUUUACACCAAAACUCCAAACUAUAUUUUCUGGGAAAAUACCAGAAGAGCUUGAAGCUUGUUCAAUGACAGAAAUGAAAAACACCCAUAAAAAAUUAACAUCAAAAACUACUUCCUCUUUAAAGGGGAGUAAAUGUUCAGGAAUUGCUUCUAGAAGGAAAAAGAAGGGUUUAAGUAAGAGUUUAUCAGAUCUUGAGUUCGAAGAACUUAAAGGGUUUAUGGAUUUGGGUUUUAUUUUCUCUGAAGAAGAUAAAAAUUCAAACUUGGCUUAUAUCAUUCCUGGGUUACAGAGAUUGGGAAAAAAUGAUGAUAAAAUACAUGAAAAUAGUGAUAAUAAAGAUGAAAUAUUGGUUGAUGAAUCUGGUUCUAGUUCAUCAAUUUCAAGGCCUUACCUUUCGGAAUCAUGGGAAGAAAUGAAAAAGAAAAGAAAAGAGAGUAGUUUGUUUAAUCCAAGAGUUCCUGAUCCUAAUAGUCAUGUUCAAAUGAAGAAUUAUCUCAAAUUUUGGGCGCAUACCGUUGCUUCUACUGUUCGCUGAAAUCUUGUGAUCAGAAGGAGGGUUUAAUGACGGGUCGGCAUACUAUAGGGGGUGUUUGGCACGUUAGCUUAUUGAGCGAUUUUAGUUCAUUUUGAUUUAAAUAGAGAGUUACGUGGUCAAAUCAGCUAAUUUUAGUAUUUGGUGAAUUAGCUGGUUAAAACAGUUUUUUAAUACGAAUAAGCUGUUGUUAAACAAGCCACUUAAAGCAGUGGGUUCAAAAUCAGCUAGUCAAACCAAUUAAUAAAAUCAGUUGGUCAAAUCAACCACUAUUAUUAGCUAUCAGCCAUCUGUCAAACACCAUCACCUUAAUCAAAAGAGAUAAAAAGUUACACUUAAUUGGUGUUUGUUGGGUUGUAAAAGUUUUGCACAAUGUAUAUUUUUUACUUUUUUUUUUUACUUUGUUUUAUGUUUGUAGUUUUGAUAAAUUUGCUGUAUUAUCCUUGUAAAUUAAGAAAUGGAGGUUUUUGUUGACUUUGGAA